AUGCAGCUCCUCCGGGCCACCACCUGCCUCCUCCUCCCAACCCUGGCGUUGGCCGCUCCUCCUGUCAGGGAGGCACCCCUCCUCACUCCCCGCGGUGCAGCCGCCUCUCAGCUCAUCGACGGGAGCUACAUCGUCAAGCUCAGAGACGGCAGCAGUUCAAGGGCUUCGCCGCCAAGCUGUCCGCUGCGAAGCUGGCUGCCAUCCGCAGCUUCCCGAGGUGUGUCCAUCCUACCUUAUCCAGCGGACCGUUUGAUUCAUGAUGCUAAACAAAAGUCCCAGGUCGAAUUCGUCGAACAAGACGCCGUGGUCCAGGCAUACGACUUCCUCACCCAGGAGGACGUCCCCUGGGGCCUCGCCCGCAUCUCCCACCGCAGCCCAGGCCAGACCUCGUACGUCUACGACGAGUCCGCCGGCGAGGGCACCUGCAGCUACAUCAUCGACACGGGCAUCUACGUCAACCACACUCAAUUCACCAACCGCGCCCACUGGCUAGCAAACUUCAUCGACACCGACAACACAGACGGCAACGGCCACGGCACCCACGUGGCCGGCACCAUCGGCGGCAUCACCUACGGCGUGUCCAAAAAAACAAGCCUCUACGCCGUCAAAGUCCUCCGCGCCUCCGGGUCCGGCACCCUCGCCGCCGUCAUCGCGGGCAUCGACUUUGUCGCCGCCGACUUUCCCACCCGGGGCUGCCCCAACGGCGCGACGGCCAACCUGUCCCUCGGCGCGUCGAGGAGCACGGCCGUCAACGCCGCCGCCGCCGCCGCCGUCAGGGCGGGGAUUUUCCUCAGCGUCGCGGCCGGCAACAGCGCCGACGACGCCUUCUUCUACAGCCCAGCGAGCGAGGAGACGGUCUGCACCGUUGGGGCGACGGAUGAGGGGGAUGUGAGGGCUUGGUUUUCGAACUACGGGGAGGGGGUCGACGUUUUUGCGCCCGGGGUCGGGGUGGAGAGCGCGUGGAUUGGGGGGCCAAGCGCAACGAACACCAUUUCGGGAACGUCGAUGGCGGCGCCGCAUGUGGCCGGUUUGGCUUCGUAUCUGCUUGCGCUGCUGGGACCAAAGACGCCGGCGGAGCUGUGCGAGUACAUUAGGGAGACCUCUACUAACGGCACCAUCACGGAUCUGCCCACGGGGACCUUCAACGGGAUUGCGUUCAACGGAAACCCGGGGGCUUUGUAA